AUAUCCUGACGUGAACCAAAUAAGUAAUAAAGGUGUAGUAAUAAUAUGGAUUAUCUACUGCAAAAUGGCUCUAUUUUUAAAAAUCCGAAUAGAUUACCUUUAAAUGAAUUAAACUUGGAAAUCAAAUGUUGCAAGAAGAAAAAAAAGGUUGACAAGAAUCAGGAUUUGGAGAAACUGAAAGAUAAUUUGAACAAAAACUAUGAUGUUUAUGUGGAAAAGAGACCAGCUUUGCACAAAAGUUGGCUUCAGCAAAGGACUUAUGUGUUCUUCCAACCAUAUUACACAGAUGUUCCACCAGAAGAAAACGUGGAAUUUGGUAAAAACUCGCAGUAUAUAGCAUGCUUGGAUUUCCUUCUGCAAUGCACUUACCAGCAGUUCUGGUGUUACGUAAUUCACGAUCCGCAAGUGAAGAUUAUGUUGGAAAGCUUCCUAGUUGACGCACUUGACUGGUACGAAUUGAAAGAACUGAAACGCGAUCAUCUGGAAAUGUACGAGGAUAUUUACUUUAAAGUCGCGCAGAUCUAUGGGAGAAUGUUGACGUACAAAGAAACUGAGAUGGAAUAUAUGUCAGAGAGCACUGUCCAUAAGCUGCUGAAAGAACAGCAAUUGUUGUCAUUUUUCACAGUUCUUCAGAUAAUUUGGGUAUACAAAUACUCCAAUGAUAACUUGGUGAAAGAUGUAAUCAAAUUUUACUUCGCCGACAACAACAAGAAAACUUAUGAGACUAAGUUGGACGAUUUCGUGAACUACACAAGAUCUGUGUUGGAAACUAUCGGUGGUGUAAUCUGCGGUUUCGACGGUAAAGAUAUUCUAAUUCAACUGUCGAUUGGGCCUAAGCCUUCCGUGUUUGAUCCAACCUGGUACGAAGAGAUGAUCAAUUACAUAAUGCACACCGUCGGUUAUUUCAAAUCGUUGAUGACAGUCUGCGAUCCGGCGAUUGUUCAUUCCUUGAAAGCAGGCAUACCUUACAGGUUGACCUAUUUCUACAAUCGGGUAUUUCCGACAAUCUAUCGGUUGGUAGAGAAAUCCGGUUCGGCAAAAGAGAAGUUGACGGAUCGAAUCAAUUUGGCCUCUUCGGAGAUCUUGAGUUGCUUCCACGUUUACGUAACACAUUUAACCGAUGAAAUAUUGCAGUGCCAACAGAACCCAAUGAAACAAGAUGCAUACAUGGAGCAGUUACUGCAACUGUUGUCGGCUACUUUGGAGGAUGACUUCUUCGUUAUUGAUUACCACAACAGUUACCCUAUUGAUGAGCAAUUGCAAAUAAUCUCAAGUUUCUAUCCGGAAUUAGAUACAAUGCGAUCCGAUUACAUUUUAGAAUGUUUAAGUACUUUACCAACGUUGAACGAUAUCCGAGCGAAACUUAAAGAGAAAACUCCUCCCGUUUCAAAGAAUGUCACGAUUAAGGAGGAAAGAGCUACUACGAGUAGUCAUGAGGAAAAAUUGAGCGAAACUGAAAUUGAGCAGAGGAUUGCUUCUGUGCUUGACAUGCUUCCAGAUCUUGGCGAUGAAUUUAUCCUGAGGUGCUUGGAAUUCUACAACUAUGACUCGAUGGAGGUGAUCAGUGCUAUAUUGGAUGAUAACUUAUCGCCCAAUUUGCAAGAUUUACCUAGGGACAUGAUUAGAGUACCUCCAGAACCUAAACCCGAGCAGCCGAUUCUUGCUUAUCGCGGAAAGAAACCCACCUACCACGACGCUAAAGAUAUGUUGAAUGAUAAGUCUAACCUGAAGGAGAUUCGAGAUUUCGUCCUGAAAUCAUCGAACGUAACGUACGAUAUGUAUGAUGAUGAAUACGAUGAUAGGGACGACGUGGAAGGUGUCAGAACUUUAGUUAACGAAGAGGACAAGUAUAUGGAAAAUCGGUUCGAAGGCUACGAUUUAGUAAGCGAUCCCAGCUCAAGCGAGGACGAAGAAACGCCUAAACCCAAUAAAAACUUCUGCGAAGAUCCUGCUCUUAUUAGGGAAAGAAGGGAAGCUGCAAGGAGACAAACAGCCUCAAGAGGUCGUAGAGGCGGUGAUGUGGUGGGAAAAGCUAAAGGACAAGGACAGGAUAAGUCAGUUGUACAAAAUCGCGACAAAAAGAACACGAAUAAAAGUUCACGCGCUAAUCACAAUCGUAAAGGCGGAGCGCAAUUCAAACGCAACAAGGGAAUGAUUCCAUCUUAAAUUUACUUCUGUUUUUCUUUUGCCAAAUAAAUGGUAAUUUAUUAACUAAA